AUGUCAGCCAUCAGCAAGCAGCUGUCUUCCAAGAGCUGUGCAGCCAAGAAGGUGUCCUUCCCUUCUGCUGACAUCAGACUGGCUUUACUGGGGAGGACUGGAAGCGGAAAGAGCUCCACCAUCAACACCAUCUUGGGUCGUAAAGUCUUUGAUUCAAGGGUUAGCUGCUCCUCUGUCACCAAACAGUGUCACAGAGUCUGUGGGGAAUUUCAUGGACGACACCUCACCCUUGUGGACACACCAGGAUUACUGGCCACAAAUCAGAAUCCACAGGAUGUUCAGAAGGAGUUGAGAAGGACCAUUAGUCUCCUGUACCCUGGGCCUCACGUCUUCCUGAUUGUUCUGCAGAUUGGGAGGUUCACUCCUGAGGAGAAGGAUGCAGUGCAGCAGAUCAAACAGAUGAUAGGAUCCCAAGGUCUGAGUUUCUCCGUGGUGGUUUUCACACACGGUGACUGCCUGGAAGAAGGAGCAUCCGUGAGGCACUGCUUGUUAGGGGAGUGUGAAGACCUGGCGGAGCUGGUGGCUGCAUGCGGGGGCCGGUACUGUGUCUUCAACAACCAGAGUUCCAAGUCCAAGGAGCAGGUGUUUGACCUUCUGGCCUUAGUGGACAACAUGAUGCAAGCCAACAGAGGGACCUACUUCACGAGCAAGAUGCUGCAGAAGGUGGAGGAGAAGGUGGAGCUGCGGGAGAAGAGGUCUCCAUGUGAGGGGGGGCUACUAAAAAGAGAUGACGAAAUAAUAUUACAAGAAUGGUAUGAGUUAAAGACAAAACAGGAGGUGGAGAAAGAGAAACUGGGUACAGAUCAGCAAGAGAAUGUCAAGAUGAUAUAUGAGGUAGUGGCAGUGAAUGAAAUGGAGACGAGGGAUGCUCUCCAAGAAAAACUUGCCAGAGUUACUAAAGCAUUGAAGGAGCAGGCUGAACGGGAGGACAAAAGGAGGCGGGCAAUCGAAGAGAAGAUCCAAAAGGACAGAAGGGAAAAUGAAACAAAAGAAAGAGAGUUGGUAUUCCAGCAAAUACAAAAGCAAAGAGCCAUCAGACAAGGAGAAGAAAGGAAGAGAGUGGAUUUGCAAAAAGAGCUCGAUAAAGUCACCCAGAAGCUAGAAGAGCAGAACAGGAGAGAGAUGGAGAGAACAAAACAAGUGGAAGAGCUGCUCAGGCGAGAGAGGGAAGCGAAUCAGAGAGAACUGGAAAGACAGCUGGACAUUCAAAGGAUGGAAAGGACGAGAAAAGAGGUCCUAAAACAGGAGCUCAGACUCGUCAAAAUGAAGCACGAGGAGCAAAACUUAAGCCAAGAAAGUACCAAUGGACAGAACCUGAUGGGAAACCGUGAAAGGGACAGCACGGAAUCCCAGUUAUCCAAAAAACAGCAUGGAGGGAAGACGCAGAAUACGGCUGAGAAACAUGGUGCAGCGGCGUUUGUGACAGGAUACGUCCAAGAGAUGGGAAUGAUGGGCCUGAAUGUGGCUUUAGAAUGUGUUGGGAUAGGGUGUUGUAUCCAGUAACUAACAUAAUGUUGAC